AUGGGGAGCAUUCAGCAGCAACAGCAAGGAAAUGGAGGGAGCAGCAACCGAAUCGUAUCCUUUGAUGUGGUCGCAAAUACUGUAGUUUCACCGUCCAUUACUCUGACCAGCGACGACUCUGAUCAUGAAGAUCAAAAGCACCAGAAACCUGGAUGGAAAAACUUUCUAUCAUACGUUGGUCCUGGUUUCCUUGUUUCCUUGGCUUAUCUUGAUCCUGGGAACUUGGAAACAGAUCUCCAAGCAGGAGCUAACCACGGAUAUGAGUCACUAGCAGCUAAUCUUGGUGUAACCACUGGCAAACACCUAGCAGAAUUAUGCAAGGCUGAGUACCCUAAAUACGUGAAAUACUGCCUAUGGAUACUGGCUGAGAUUGCCGUCAUAGCAGCUGAUAUUCCCGAAGGCAAGUCCCACUGCAAAGUUUAA